UCUGGUGCUGAGGCAGGUUUCUUUCCCUGGAGGCACUCACCUGAUCCCUGCAGGAAUGGGCCUGGAGCUCAGGGCUUCUCCACCAGUUGUGAUUCUGCUCCUGUCCCUGCUGGGUCUGGCUGCUGCUGGGAAGCUCCUGGUGGUGCCGGUGGAUGGGAGCCACUGGCUCAGCAUGCGGGAAGUGCUGGACAUCCUGACGCAGAGGGGACACGAGGUGGUCGUGGUGGCACCUGAAGUCUCCUUGCACAUCAAACCAUCAAAGACCUUUGUGAUGAAAACGUACCCAGUGCCUUUCACACAGGAAGAGAUGGAUGAAGUUUUCAAAGGGUCAAUCACGGAUUUAUUUAAAGGAGGAUCUUUUCUGGAAAGAGUUAUUAGGCAGUAUCAACAGGUAAAGAAGACCUCAGCUAUGUUCCUGGCCACCUGCACACACUUAAUCCACAACAAGGAGCUCAUCAGGUACCUCGAGGAGAGCAAGUUCGAUGCUGUCCUCACAGACCCUGUCCUACCCUGUGGGGCAAUCCUUGCAGAGUAUCUUUCCCUGCCUUCCGUGUAUUUCCUGCUUCAAAUUCCAUGUGGUUUGGAAUAUCAAGCCACCCAGUGCCCCAAUCCCGUUUCCUAUGUCCCCAGAGUAUUUACAGACCUCACAGACCGCAUGACCUUUCUUCAGAGGGUGAAGAACAUGCUCUAUGACAUCCCAAAUCUUUUCCUCUGCGAUGUUGUCUUCCAACCUUAUGCAGAACUGGCUUCAGAAUUCCUCAAGCGGGAGGUGACCGUGCCGGAUCUCCUGCGCCAGGCUUCCAUUUGGCUCAUGAAAUAUGACUUUGUUUUUGAGUAUCCGCGCCCCAUCAUGCCCAACAUGGUCUAUGUUGGGGGCAUCAACUGUCAGGAAAAGAAGCCACUCUCAAAGGAAUUUGAAGCCAUGGUCAACGCCUCUGGAGAACAUGGCAUCGUUGUCUUCUCGCUGGGCUCCAUGGUGUCCGAGAUUCCCAUGAAGAAAGCCAUGGAAAUCGCAGAGGCCUUGGGAACAGUCCCUCAGACGGUCUUUUGGCGCUACACGGGCAAGGCACCCCCCAACCUGCCCAGCAACGUGAAGCUCGUCAAGUGGCUGCCUCAGAACGACCUCCUGGCCCACCCCAAGACUCGUGCCUUUAUCACCCACGGAGGCUCCCAUGGUGUUUAUGAGGGAAUAUGCAAUGCAGUGCCCAUGGUGCUGAUGCCUCUGUUUGGGGACCAGAUGGACAACGCCAAGCGAGUGGAGUCCCGGGGAGCAGGGCUGACCCUGAACAUCCUGGAGAUGACUUCCAAGGACAUUUCCACCGCCCUGAAAGCAGUGAUCAACGAGAAAAAGUACAAGGAGAACAUCCAGCGCCUCUCGGACCUGCACCUGGACAGGCCCAUCCACCCGCUGGACCUGGCCGUGCACUGGGUGGAGUUUGUGAUGAGGCACAAGGGGGCCCCUCACCUGCGCCCGGCUGCCCACGACCUCAACUGGGUGCAGUACCACUCGCUGGACGUCAUCGCCUUCCUGGCCGCCGUCACGCUCCUCUCUCUCUUCAUCUCCUUCAAGUGCUGCCUGUGCUGCUGCCGCAGGUGCUUCUGCAAGAAGGGCAGGACGGGGAAGCCCGCCAAAGCCAAGUCCCAGUAGCUCCCCACGGUGGUGGGUGACAAAGCUCCUGCUCCAGACCCGCGGCAGGGUCAGAGAAUAGCACAAAUUUCACUGCAAUAAAUUAAACACUAUGAUUUUCAGCUGAGGGAUGAUAGGGAUCCUUGGCUGGUCCCACUGAUCUGAUUUUGGCCUUUUAAUUAAGAAUGGGUGGUUAAAAAUGCCUCGUGUAGGAAUGCUUCAGUUGCUUGGGAAGGUCUGAGUCUGAAAUCCCCCAUCAGUGUGCAGAGAGGACUCUCAGUGACUUUUUCUUUUAACCUCUACCUGCAGCAGAGGUAUGUAGGGAUUUUGGAGGACUUUAAGAGCACCAUCUGGUCAGAUUUCUGUUUGAAAUCUCUGCGUGGCUGCUGUUGUAAGAGAGGCAAAUGUUGUACACUCAACUCCUGUCACGCAAACCAAGCUCAAUGCACAUCUUUGUGAGUGCAAACCCUGAACAAAACCAAGGUUUCUGGCAGGGAAGCUGCUGGAAAACCACUGGGGUUUCCCCCAAACUCCCCAUCAGGCAGGUGUGCUGUACCUGGAGCUCACCUGCUGCUGAGAUCUUUGUAAGCAUUCUUUAUCAACCCCCACAGCUGAUUUGUUCUUUGUAAGUGAUGCUCAGGGAAAGACCCCAAAGCCCAGCCCUAUAAAUAAACCCCAAAUACCAAAAAUAAA